CAUUUGCUAUAUUGCAUGUGUUCCUUUAAAGCAUGUAAUGUUACAAUAGUAACCAAUUUCAUAUUUAGGCAUAUUCUUGUUCUGGACUCUUUAACUUGGGAUAAAGAAGACAAGAAAUCUACAUUUGAAUAUAUUUCACAAUAUUUGGACUACACCUUUCAAAAGCACAGCAUCAAAAGAAAGCAUCGUUCUCAUCAUAUGUUAAAAGUCCCACAGCAGGAAAUCUCUUCAAACCUCUGUGCUGUUUUUGUAUCACUUUUUAUUAAAUACUUUUUGAAGGAUAUUGAAAAAUAUGAGAAAUGUCCCAAUGAUUUCAUUCUCAUGGAACAUAAACGGUUCAGUAACAAGGAUGCAACAAUGGAAAGAAAUAAAUGGCACAGAACUUUGCACACAUUGUUUACUCUGCAUUGAUCUAAGUUUAUUAACACAAAGGAAUAUUUUAUUGUAUAUUUUUUAAAGCUUCUAUAUACAAUGUUUUUAAGGUGAUGCAAUAAUCUGUGGUUGCAAAUUAACCAAUGCUGCACAGAUAGACACAACAGAAUCAAUAUAUGAUUUCAUUGUUAA